AUAAAGAAUAAUAAUUUUGAUAGAGAUAUUUUUAAUGUUGUUGUUCAGAAGCUGUGUUUUCAAAUAAAUUAUUCCCAAUUUAUUAUAUUUUCCAGUAAUAGCGAAGAGGUGCUAGGCUCCCCUUUAGUCUGGUAUAAAGGUAGACUAAGGCAAUAGUUUCUUCGGUUGGUUGCUAUGGUAACAGAAGGACGCCAAGCGAGGGAGCGAAGCUAAACUCUUCCGGGAGAGGGCGGUCCACGGCGUGAUUCGAGCCUUGGUUGCUGUCGGGAAAGUGAGCUUUUUAUUCCAUAUUAGCCGUCCUCAAACUGAACAAUGGUUGGGAGCUCUGAAUAUGGAUGGAUUUAAUACAUACUAAAGCAUUUUUAAGCCCCCUAAGUGGGUUCUUGAUUUUGCCAUCCUCAACCCAAGAAGAGAGAAGCAAAACCAUGAGUUGCAAUUUAGAUGACCUUCCACGCUUGUAUGUCAUUGGCAAUAUACAAAAUGUGAAUAAAAAAAUAUCUCAUUUAGAAUUGGGACUGAGAAGAUAUGACAGUAGUGAUGUGGUGAUUGAGGAUAUGAUGCAGAGGAAGUAUGCAGGGUUGAAGGGUCCUAGAAAAGGAAGACGUACAAGCAGAGUAAAAGAGAAGGAACAGGUGGUGAUACAAAAGUAUGGAAGGCUUGGGUCAGAUGAAGGUACUUUAAGAAAUCAGAAAAAAAUAGCCCAGAAAAAGAUGAUCACAGAAAAGAAUAAACUUGUAGAGCUGUAUCAUUACCCAGGAUAUCAUGAAGAGGAAAUGACACCACUGCCCAAUGGAAUAGAGCUGAAUGAAAUUUUGGAGAAAGUGAUUCGUGCUCAGAGUAAAUCUGUAGUUGGGAAGACAAAGUGGGCUGUGAAAAUGCUGCACAGGUUUUUUGAUGUUCCAAGCACCCGAGCUGUUUUGCUGGAUAGUUUCUGGUGGCAAUUCCUGCACUUAUAUCAUCCAAAUCGAGAAAUUCAGGGGCACUUGUUUGAACGCAUUGCAGAAAACUAUGCCAGCAUUCUAUUAGGAAAUCACAGGGUUUCAAACCAGGAAUGCAUCCUCAAGUUUUUUCCAUCACUAUUGAGUCAAGCUGUGUACAUCUGCUUCUGCUCCUGUUUCCCGCGGUCCUGGUUUAAUACCUCUGAAUUCAAAGCCCAGCUUUGUGAUGUAUUCUUCGAGUGGCUGGGAGGUACACUGCAUGAACCAAGAAGUUUCAAUAAAUGGGAUUAUUCUCAGCUGGAACCAGAACGAUCAAGGAGAGAAGAUUUGAUGUCAAAAAAGAAAAAAAUAGGGACUGGCACUGGUAUUUCGUUUGAGAGCUACAAGCAAUACAGUUCAAUAGGAAAAACUCAUAUGCAAAUUCAGAAGAUCCCAGCAAGGAAAACAUUUAACAUCUCUGUUAAAAAAUCCAAGAAAACUGUAUCUGGGAAAAAAUAUCAAAAGCAGCUUUCCAAAGAAGUUACCACAUUGGAAAGUGAAGAAAUAAAGCAUACCACAUCAAGUAGUGACCAACUUAAAGAGGAUAAUGAGAAAGCUGCAUGGAGCAGACACCAGAACUUACCCAAAAAGAAACUGAAGAUAGCUAUGCUUCCUCGAGAGUCACACCCAGCUUGCUAUGGUCCCGAGUUGACGUGGCAUCGCUUCAAUAUUAGUGGUCACAGUCCACUGAUUCAACAUUACUUCCAGAAACAUGGUACUGAAUCAAAAUCGGGAUGUGACAUCUUUCUCUCUAGGAGGGAGAUAUACAAACCAAUGCCUGAUUCUGUCAAAACAUAUGCAGAAGUGAUCAAGGAAAGUUUUCAUAUCCUCCAUCAGAAGCACAAAGCUUUCAGAAAAUGUUAUUGGCAACAAUACAGAGAAAUGAGGAAUUUUGAUGAGCAGAACAAAUGUAACCAGGAACUUUACAGACAAGCUAUAAAAGAAGAGAUGAAAAAGAGAAAGGCACAAAAACAAAAAGAAUUGCUUUCUUUGAAGGAUGCAGAACCUUCAUCCCUGUUUUCAAAACAUUCAUCUGGGAAACACCGUAGUUAACCUUGAUCUCUCCUUCUGAACUGACAUUGAUUGAGUUCACUGGAAGCAUGUUACAGAAUGACAAUUUAAAUAAAAGUAAUGAAUCUAGGUUUGAUACUAAAUGUAAAUAUAUUGCUAAUUAGAAAUAAAUGAGUGCUAUUACAUUAAGGGGAAAGAAUAAGAUAAUGUUUUGGGAAUGCUAACUGGAUAUAAUUUUGUUUUAUUACUUCUGAAUAUAGUUUUUCCCAUUACAUUUGAUUUUAUUGUUGUAUCUGUUUCAUUCUUUGUCCACUUUAAGAAUAUAUUGACUCUAAAUUGGACGAUUUGCAACUUUUCUAACACCAAUUCCAUAAUGUAUACAUAACAGCAAUACUUCUUUCCUUUAAAGUUAUAAUAUCUAUGUUUGGAAUGUUUGUUAACUGAACUCUACAUUUUAGCUCCUAGGGAAACUUAUGCGCAAGGUGUUAUUUUUCUUUGUUCUCCCACCUUAGCCCCAGUAAAUAAAGUUUAAAAGAGCAUCUCUUUUUAAAGAAGAGCAUUUCCAAAUAUUAAAAUUUUUAUUCUACUAAUAUGUCUGUAAUAAUUUGUAAUUAUGUUGUAAUUUAAUUAUGUUGUAAUUUAAUCAUGACAACAAUAUAUGGAUUGUAAAUAUA